AUGAAAGCUGCAGAUCUUCAAGAACAAAAUUAAAUAGGUUGGCUAUUAAACUUGGUGGCAAAAUUUUCUCCAAAAGAAUUAGAAAGCUAAAAUUUAAAAUAAAUAGGAGAAGAAUAUAUGAAGAAAAUUUAAUAGAAUCCAUAAUUAUAAUCAGGAUCUGUGUUUUCAUAUGAUGCAUAAAAACAUGAAUUUUCAGAAAAAUUAUUCUACAUUUAUCCAAACAUCUUAAUUUGUUAAUUAGAUAAAAUAUAUACUCAUUUGAUUUUAAGCAAUUGCACAAUACAAAAAGAAUUAAUACAAUAUAAAGAGGCUAAAACUUAUGGAUUUAUAAUUUCUAAUAAUAUUGGAAAUACAUUUCUAUUUUUUUCAUAAUUUAUUUAAUAUAGAAAUUGGUAUAAAUUGAUGAAAUAAUAUUGUAAAUUAAAUGAUUUUUUUGGUAAAUACAAAUUAACUGAUAGAAUGCUUCCUGGUGUAUAUUAGUGUUAUAAAAAAAGUGUAUGAAUAUAAGUUUAAUAUAUAGAAUAAUGUUUAAUUUACUGUAUAAAUUUACAAAAUGGAAGAUUUUGAUUUAUGUCCUGAAAUAGAAGAAAUUGUACACAAUGAAAUCUAAUUGUUAAGAUCUGUUAAGCAUCAAAAUUUAUUAUAAUUAAGAAGAGUUUAUGAAGAUGAGUCUUACUUAUUUAUUUUAUUUGAGCAUUUUAAAGGUGAAUCACUUUACAACAUGAUUUAAAAAAAUCCUUUAAAUGAAGUUUAGAUUGCAUCAGUAUUUGAUUUUUGUUUAUCAAAUAGAUUAUCUACUAGAUACUGUAAACCUUAAAAUUUUUAGAUAAGCAUUAGUUCUAUCAUGGAAAUUUAAAUCCUCUAAAUAUAAUAAUCAACUAAAAUAAUCAACUCUUAUAAAUAUUUUUAAUUAAUUUAUCUUUUAAAGUAUUGUUGUUAUUUAUAAAUUAUAGCAAUAUAAAAUAAAUGAUAAACUUGAUUGGAUUCUGAAUAGAUAAAUAGAAGGUUUUAUAGCUCCAGAAUUUUUUAUAGGAUUUCCUCCAAAUAUAACAUCUGAUUUGUAUAGUUUAGGGGUCUUAUAAUAUUUUAUGGCUUUUCCAAAAUAAUUACCAAGUGAAAAAUAUUUUGAGUCAUUUGAGAUUGAUUCAAAUAAAAUAAAAAAAUUACUUGAAAUAAAAAUAUCAUAAGAAAAGGUUGUAUAGAUUUCAAGUUUAGAAUAGUAAAUCGAAAAAAAUGUAAGUUUGAGCGGAUUAGAUUUAUUGGUAAAAUUGUUAGAAUAAAACCCUAGUAUUAUAUCUAAAUCUAAACAUAAUAGGACAAAGAAUUUAAAUUUCAGAUAGUAUGAAACACCAUUGGUUUGUAAAUAUAAAGAGCAAGAUAAAAUAAUAGAAUGAUGUAAAAAAAAAAAAAGUAAUUUUACCUUCACUUAAAACUAUAAUUGAAUUAAGAUCUUAAAGCGAAUUAGAUUUAAAAAUUUAAUCUUAAUAAUCUAAUAUUAGAAGAUAAUCAAGAUUGGCAACGAAUUUAGGAGAAGAUUUUGAUUUGGGUAAAUAAUAAAAGUACUUAAGUUAGUUCCUGAUGAGGGACAUCCUUUAUAAUAAAUAGCAGAAUUAGAUUUUUGUUAACUGUUAAGAGGCAGUACUUAAUCUAGAAAAAUAUAACUUUGA